GCAGAAAGGCAUGCUCGCUGGCCAGUCUGUGGCUUCGAUGCCCUCACUCAACAUGGCGGUCUUCCGGGCCUGCCCUCCUUGGCUUAGUCCGGUCUUUUAGGUUCGCCACUCCGUGGGCAUGGCGGUGGCGGUGCCGUUGGCGGCGGCUUCUCGCGGACUCCGGGGUCUGAUGCUGCGGCGGCUUUUGGCCCCCACCCAGCCAGGUCUCACAUGUAGCUGUCACCCCUUGAGCUCCCCUGCACAAGAUGAGGCCUCCCGAGCAGCCCCCGUCGAGGCGCCAGGCCACAGCUAUCAGUCUCUUCGGGUGACAUCCGGUCCAGGACACAUUCUGCAUGUGCAGAUAAACCGACCUGAGAAGAGGAAUGCCAUGAACAAGGCCUUCUGGAGCGAGAUGGUGGAAUGUUUCAACAAGAUAUCCGAGGAUGCUGACUGUCGCACUGUGGUGAUCUCUGGUGAAGGAAAAAUGUUUACUUCAGGUAUUGAUCUCAUGGACAUGGCUUCAGUGCUCCUUCAGCCCCAAGGAGAUGAUGUGGCCCGCAUAAGCUGGUACAUGCGUAACCUCCUCAGCAAACACCAGGAAACUUUCAGCGUCAUCGAGAAGGUGACUCUGGGGCUGGCAGGGUGUCCCCACUGCCCACCUCUCCUAGCUGGCCCUGACCCUACUGCACCCUUCCAGUGCCCCAAGCCUGUCAUCGCAGCCAUCCAUGGGGGCUGCAUCGGUGCAGGUGUGGACCUCAUCACCGCCUGUGACAUCCGGUACUGUGCCCAGGAUGCGUUCUUCCAGGUGAAGGAGGUGGACACCGGUCUGGCAGCCGACGUGGGAACCCUGCAGCGUCUGCCCCGGGUCAUCGGGAGCCAGAGCCUGGUCAACGAGCUGGCCUUCACCGCCCGCAGGAUGAUGGCUGACGAGGCCCUGAGCAGCGGGCUGGUCAGCCGGGUGUUCCCAGACAAGGAGGCCACGCUCGACGCGGCCUUCACGCUGGCAGCCGAGAUUUCCAGCAAGAGCCCCCUGGCGGUGCAGGGCACGAAGGUCAACCUGGUCUACGCCCGCGACCACCCGGUGGCUGCCGGCCUCGAGUUCGCGCACAACUGGAACAUGAGCAUGCUGCAGACCGAUGACGUCCUGAAGUCUGUCCAGGCCGCGAUGGAGAAGAAGGAUCUGAAAAGCGUCACCUUCUCCAAGCUCUGAGAGCCCGCGUGCCCUGGUCUAGCUCUGUCCCGCCUUGGUGCCUCCUCCCAGUGUGUAACUUCACAACACGGAUUUCCUCGAGCACAAGGCCUUGUGUUUGCCCCAUGAGCAAUAAACCCAUGUAAAGAA